AGGAGAGCUGUUCUAAGUCCCCUGAUAAUUUUUGUGGCCUCUGCUGGACCUGCUCCAACAGGACCGUUCUUUCCUGUGCUGAGGACACCAAAGCAGGAUGCAGUACUCCAGGAGGGGUCUCAACAGAGUGGAGCAGAGGGGAGAAUCCCGGCUUUUGGUCUCUUGUUGAAUCUCAUGAGGAUUCUGUACUUUUUAAGGAUCCUGGCUCUUUUGUUUCCUGGGAGUAUCCCUGUGCUGAGGAGUGCAGCUGUGCUCAGAGGUGUAUGAGCAAGUAGGUUGCCAGCACUUUGAUGGAGACAGUUAUUCCCCUCUCAUCAACAUUUGUGAGACUUUAUCUGGACUAUUGAGUCCAGUCCUGGGCUCCCCUGGACAAGAAACAACACUGGUGUCUUGGAGCAGGACUACCAAACUCGUCAGGGGCUGGAGCAUGUGAUGUGUCAGGAGAGGCUGGAAGGUAGAUGUCUUCAGCUGUAAGGGAGGAUGAUGCUGUGUCACUGUGUGCAGGUGAGGGUAGAGAAGUUGAAGCCAGACUUUUCUUGAAAGUGUAUAACGAAAGGGCAAGGAGCACCUUUUCUUUUUUGCCAUGGAAAUGGUCCAACAUGGGAGUGGGCCCAGAGAGGUUGUGGCUCAGUUCCUAGGCACAGUUUACUUUAUUAGACUAUACGUUACAGCGCCUCAAAUGUGAGCAGAGAAUUCCCCUUUGCUCCUCAAGGUCCCUUUGUGCACUGUUCAAAAGCCGGGCUUUAUAGGAAGUAUUCCAUGUUGUGCUGAAUGCUAAGUGCCCAAGUGCCUGUUCCACAGAAAUCAUGCAUGUCUGAAAGAGGCUUUGGUGCUUAUAGAAAAAGAAAAGGUCAUAGAAUCAUAGAAUGGUUUGGGUUGGGAGACCUUAAUGAUUAUUCAGUUCCAGCCCCCCAGCCAUGGGCAGGGACACCUCUCACUGGAUCAGGUUGCUCAAAGCCUCAUCCAGCUGGACCUUGAACACCUCCAGGGAUGGGGCAUCCAUGACUUGUCUGGGCAACCUGUGCCAGUGUCUCAUCACAGUAAAAAAUUUCUUCCUAAUGUCUGAUCUAAAUCUCUCCUCUUUCAGCUUAAAACCGUUACCCCCGGUCCUAUGCCGGCACUCCCUCAUAAAGAGCCCCUCCCCAGCUUUUCUGGAGGCCUCUUUAAGUACUGGAAGGCUCCUGUGAGGUCUCCUUGGAGCCUUCUCUUCUCUAGGCUGAACAACUCCAACUCUCUCAGCCUGUCCUCUUGUGGGAGGUACUCCAUCCCUCUGAUCAUCUUUGUGGCCUCUUCUGGACCACCUCAAGUCAUUCCUGUGCUGUACAUGUCAUCAUGUACCGAAACUUUCUUUAUUUCUGCACAAAAAUACACACACACAGACAUGCACAGCUUGAAAGUUAAAUUAUACUGCUCACCGGUAACUAAGGAAUUGCUGUUGACAAGCUGGAAAUACAAGUUUUGGGAGAAUCACAUUGUUGCAUUGGAAGUUGAAACUCCAACUCAGAUUUCUUUAGUAGAUGAAACAUCUGGUGAGAAAGAAGAUAUAGAGGUGACGCUUCUACCAGCUGGUCACUGCCCAGGAUCAGUCAUGUUUUUGUUUGAAGGUGGAAAUGGCACUGUGCUGUACACAGGAGAUUUCAGGCUUGCAAAAGGAGAAGCAGCCAGAAUGGAACUUUUGCACUCAGGGACCAGAGUAAAAGACAUCCAAAGUGUGUAUUUGGACACCACUUUCUGUGAUCCUAAAUUUUAUCAUAUACCAAGCCGGGAGGAAUGUUUAAAUGGGAUCUUAGAGUUGGUGCGAAGCUGGACCUCCCUAACUCGCAAUCAUGUUGUGUGGCUGAAUUGCAAAGCUGCUUAUGGAUAUGAGUAUUUGUUCAUAAAUCUCAGCGAGGAACUUGGAAUCAAGGUGCAUGUGAACAAACUUGAUAUGUUUAGAAACAUGCCAGAAAUCCUCUACCAUGUUACUACGGAUCGAUGCACGCAGAUUCACGCCUGUCGACAUCCUCAGGAUGAUGACUGCAUUCGAGGGAACAGGCUGCCCUGUGGGAUGACUUGCCAAAAUGGAGCUCCCUUGCACAUAAUCAGCAUCAAACCCUCUACCAUGUGGUUUGGAGAAAGGAUCAAGAAAACCAAUGUAAUAGUGAGAACUGGGGAGAGUACAUACAGAGCCUGUUUCUCUUUCCACUCUUCAUACAGUGAGAUUAAGGAUUUCCUGAGCUACAUCCAUCCUGUGAAUGUGUAUCCUAAUGUACUGCCAGUUGGGGGGACAGAAGACAGACUUAUGGAAAUAUUAAAGCCAUUAUGCAGGGCGUACAGGAGAAACAUGGAGCCCAGGUACAAGCCCUUAGGAACACUGAAGAGACUCCACAAGAGAGACUUAUCUGACACAGAUGAAGAUGAUCUCUUUGAUACAGAAUUAAUUUCUGCAAGGCCCAAGAUUCCAAAACAGCAGAGGGAAGAGAGCAAACCCUCCAGCACAGGUCAACCUGAAAAUGCUGAAGGAAACAUAAGUAAGAGCAUAAAUAGUUACCAAGUGCCCACAACUUACACCUCCUUCAAGGUAGACUUCAUGGACUGUGAAGAAUCAAAUGAUGAUGAAGAUGAUGACGAUGAUGAAGAAUCUGAAAAAAAUGUUGUUCCAAUUCUUUCCCAAGAGCCAGAUGCCACUUCUCCAUCAAAUUGCAAUGGAGUAACUGGUGACCAACAGGAGUCUGAUGCUGAGGUCCCUCGCUGGGAUGCAUUUUUUAAGUGUAACAACCUAGAAGAAAGCUCUGAAAAUGAGGAUAAUUUCCCUUCUUCAACGGAUGCUGGUGGGUCGCAGUCACUCUUCAGUGAUUCGGAUGGAGUAAGCGACUCAACACACAUCUCCUCCCAAAAUUCUUCUCAGUCAACACACAUAUCGGAGCAGGGGAGUCAGGGCUGGGAUAGCCAAACAGACACUGUACUCAUUACCUCCCAGGAGAGAAAUGCCUUGGACUUCAGCUGCUUCAGCAAAGGUGGGAGCAGAGCCCUUGUUUCUAUAGUGCAGGAGACUGCCAAGGACAGCCAACCUGGCAGCAGCAGGGCGAAGCCACUGGGUCAACACACAGCUUGUGCCUUUGAUGCUGCCUGUGACUUGAAAAGCAAAGACUGUGAGAAAGAUGCAGAAGACAGCACUGUUCACGUUCAAGAUGCACUGAUGGAACUAAGCGACAGCUCCAGAACUCCUGAUCUAGAACUGAGGAGAGACUCCCAGAGCUCGUCCGACUUUGAAAUUCCCUUGAUGCCUGAUGCUGAAGUGCCUCGGCUAGACAAACUGCACUGUUUAUAUAAGAAGCUAGCAGCAGGUGAAAACAUAAUCAAGGAGAAACAAGUCUCCUGAAGACAGAUAUAAUGGAUGAUAUCACAAUAAUAAGUACUGAAUUUUGUUUAUUAAACCCCAAAUUAUUUUUCUAUUUCGUGCCAAUUACUACUGGAAUUGACACAGUAUUUCAGAAGUACCUUCCUGUCACAAGUAGACCCCUGCAGCCUGUGUAACUUCAUUGUUCCUUCCAUAAAGUACAGAAAAGGAAGUAUUCUUAGAAGAGACUGUAAAAGCUUUCUACAAAACUAAGGAUAGAACACUAAUAAAACUUAGUGUUUCUUUUGAUCAUGAGCUCUAAGAGUUCACCUUUGAUAUAUAUGUGAUCUCAGGUUUUAAUGAAGUCCUAAAUCUUUAACUGUGGGGCGGAACACGACAUCUUUCCUUUUCCUUUUCAGGAACAACCGUGCAAACAAUAUAAUAGUUUCACUUUGACUUUAAUCCUGAGUUUUUACUGCAGUUAUUUUAAAAACAACUGCAGAACAGACUACAGAAUUAUUCACAAAAGCUGGUUUUUUUUAAAAAAGUAUUAUUUCUUUCAAAUAGUUAAUCUCUUGAGGCCGAGCAAGUGUUGUCAUAGAAUCAUGAUGAUUUGAGUUGGAAGGGACCUUAAAGAUUAGCCAGUUCAAACCCUCUGCCACGUGCAGGGACACCUUCCACUGGAUCAGGUUGCUCAAAAACCUCAUCCAGAUGAAUGAGGUACUGCAUACCAUUGUCUGUGGUUUAAAUCCAGCAUGUUGCACACAAUUUGUCAUCAGUUCCUGUGUGUUUUGGUUUAUUCUGAAAUGUUUUUCAGAACAAGUCAAAACUAAAUCCUGUAGCUUUAGGUUCCAGAGCUACCAGCAGCAGUCAGCUCUGGCGGCUGUCGCAGCAACAGAAUUUGACCAGUUAUCCUGGAUACAUUGUAAUGUUACUCAAGACCCUUGCAAAACUAAAUUUCACCUGUUACUUUGUGUUGACUUCACUGAAUUCAGACACGUUUACAUUUUUAAAUCAAGACAAUAGGUUCUAUGCACGUGUGGCCAUAACAAACUCUGCCAAAAUUCUUAGUUUCCAAAAUGAAAAUGUAAAUCAGGUUGUUGUUCAACUGCAGUCCCUGCAAAAAAGCCUAGACAGCAGAAAUCAUCUAAAAAUCCAUGUAUUUUCCCAUCCACAAAGUCUUAAAGAACUAACAGACUUUAGUAUGUCAGCUCUCCCCCGAGUAUGUCUUCAGCCUUUUUGCCGUCUUCAGUGAUACACGAGUGCUAAACCAGCCAGCAUUCUGCUAGUACGAACAGAGUGGUAGGGGGCUAUCACUGAUGUAUGGUUUUAAGGAUAUUCAAAGUCCAUUUUUUUUCCAUUGUUACCUUGCCCAUUCCAUUCCUGGGAUUUCUUAACAUUCUCUCCAAACGUGGCCUAUCAACUUUUUUCUUUCAGCAAGCUUAAGUAAGUGAAACUGCUGUUGUUUCUACCUCUGUGAAUAAAGUCAUACUGAGCAGAACUCCCAAUCUGGUGGCUCGCUUUCUUUACUGUAAAACAUAUUUAAAUUCAGGGCUGAGUGUACAGUAUGCUUAAGAAUACGGGAAUGCAGGCUGCUAUAGACAAGUUGACAGUGCAAAUUUAUACCAGUUCUUGUCAGCUGUAAACUGAAUAGUAAGCACACAACUUCCCCAGGGCUGCUCUGCUGCAGUCAGUAUAGAGCUAGACAAUCUGGGUUGAAAGACUGCAGUCUUAAAGCAAAUUCUACAGCUAAUUUUGACAGGCUAAGAUAUUUUUUUUGUUAAGAAUGACAACAACAAAAGAAAAACUAAAUUUAAUUUAUUUUAUCAAAAACUAUAGGAAGAUAGCAAUACUAAAGAUCACACAUUAUGAAAAGAAAAUGUUCCUGAGCUUACAAACUGCAUAUUCUAAUGUAUACAGUCCUAAAACAUACAUUAGAAAUAACCAAAAGAUUGACUUUUGAGGUUAAAUAAAUCAACAAUAGCUUUUCUUACCGGUGAUCUUGCAGCUUCAAUUUUGAUACCUAAAAAAAAAAAUUCCCAACAAAAGAGAAGAGCUAGAGGAUAAAUCACAGGUUACCAGUCUCUCGUAAGUGCAUGUGCACAACUAAACUGGUGGCUGUGAUGAUGCUAACACGAAGCAGAACAAAGGCAGAAGCUAGGCUGGUUUAGGCUCUUUACGGAACUGGAAAUAGUAUUUUUUUCUCCUUUUCCAAUU